GGAAAUACAUCGCAAUCACUUUUAUUGUCAGCAUUAAUUAGCGACAUUUAAAUAAUUAGAUCAUUUGUUUCGUAUAUAAAAUGAAUUUACGACAGUUUAAUGAUAUUGGAAUAGCAAGAAUCAUGUCCAAACACAACUGUAUUGUUUUAUUGGUAUUCAUGCAUAGUGUAUCUACCCUGGCAAAUACACAGAAGGUAACUCAACCUUUGCUGGUGUGUCCCUGUGAAUACAACUAUAACCCCGUCUGUGGAUCUGAUGGCAUCACCUACAUAAACGAAUGUGUGUUUAAUUGCACCAGCAAUCGUAGUAAUCAGGAUGGACAAGGGCUCAUAUAUAAAGCAAAUAACGGGGAAUGUAAAACCUGCAUCUGUCAAAAUUUCAACCUUCCCGUCUGCACCAUGGAAGGGCUCACCUUUCCGAAUGAAUGUGAACUAGCUUGUGAAAAUUAUAAACGUAUUGAUGCAGGUCAGUCAUACUAUAAUCUAGCCUACAGAGCUGGCUGCAUUGGCCCGUCAACGGGAUGUACGGAUGUCGCAGCUCCAGUCUGCGGUACAGAUAACAUCAUUUACAGAAACAAAUGUGUUCUUGAAACUGCUAACUCAAUAAGCUUAAAACGAAAAGGACCUUCAAUCCAAAUAAAAAACAACGGGCCCUGUCUGGAAAGCUGUUCAUGCCCGCUUGAACAUCAACCGGUAUGCGGAAGCAACGGAUAUUACUACGAGAAUAUCUGUUACCUAACCUGUCAAAAUAAACUAAAUUACUGCUCCAAGCACCCAGCAAUUUCGCCAGCCCCGAAAAGCGUUUGCGAGGCAUGCUAUUGUAACGACAUCAAUAACCCUGUAUGUGGAAGCGAUGGUAUAAAUUACAAGAAUCCUUGCGAAUUCAACUGUGAAUCAAAGCGACGAGGAAACACUCAUUUAACCAUCACGAAGUAUGGAACAUGUUCGGGCUGUGGUUGUUCUGAUAGCUAUAUUCCCGUCUGCGGUACAGACCAAAAAACCUACACGAAUGAGUGUCAGUUAAAAUGUAGCAAUAGCAAGAGGGUGGAUGGCUAUCGGAUAAGUGUCUGGCAUUCAGGCGAGUGCCAACCGGCCGGAUGCACUUGUAACAUAACCUGCCCGCCCGAAUAUGAACCAGUUUGCGGUACAGACGGAAAGUCGUACUGGAACUUAUGCUGGUUGAACUGCAACGCCGAUUGCAAGGAGAGAAAUGAAAAUACACGACACACACUGUUUGUCCAAAAACCUGGAUCUUGCGUGAUAUAA